AUGACCGAUGAAACCCUUCCCCUGCCGAUGUUCUCCUUCUCGUUUGAUCCGCCGCGGCCCUCUGUUUUCAGGGCGGAAAGCGACUCCGAGUCCUCAAUCGAUAAGUCGGCCGAUGUUGAGGCACAGAGCCUUGCUGAUCAAACGAGUCGUGGGUAUGACUGCCGCGUCCCCGUCGAGUUCGACGAAGGUCUGCAGAGGCUCGCAGCCCUCUUGAUCAUCAGUUCCAACCCCAAUCCGUUCGAACUUCUCUCUCCUACACCUAUCGAGCGAGAAAGCGUGGUCGCAAAAUUUCCUUUACUUAGCAUGUCUAUAUCCACCCCAAGCACUAGCAGUAUGAGCGAUACGGACUCAACAGAAUACCCUGAGUGGUAUAUCAAGAAACAUGGAGAGAUAGUUCGCUCACUCCGUGUACGUAUCGACGAGACAAUAAAUGCCAUGCAGGAAUAUGCUGCAGCUCUAGCAUCAGCUCCAGCUACUGCAGCAAAGUCUGUGGGGUUUACUCAUCCCCCCAGUCUCCUCUGUCUGCCGCUCCGCAAAGCGCUCUCUAGCAAGGUUUGGCUUAUUCUUGACGAUAAUACAGCCGGCCAAUCUCGACAGGCGGAGCUGGCAGGUUUCAUACUCUCCCGAAAGGAUGUCCAACUCGAACUGAGUGCCUAA